GGGGCGCGGCGGCCGGCGGUGAGGAAGGGGAGGCGCCGCGCCGGGUCGGGUCGCACCGAGCAGCGUCCCUGCGCCGCCGCCCCCCCCCGCCGGCCCGGCCAUGGCGUACGGUGGCCUCACGGUGCCCAUCAUCGUCAUGAGCGUUUUCUGGGGAGUGGUCGGUGGCGUCCUGCCGUGGCUCGUGCCCAAGGGGCCUAACCGCGGUGUUAUCAACACAAUGCUGGUCACAUGUGCUGUUUGCUGCUACCUGUUUUGGCUGAUUGCGAUUCUGGCUCAGCUUAACCCUCUCUUUGGGCCGCAGUUAACCAAUGAAACAAUCUGGUAUCUUAAAUAUCAGUGGCCUUAAGGAUGUCUGUCGUCUGCUGCAAUUUAUUGAUUAGGUGAAGAAGAGAUUUCCUCCAGCUGAAAAGCUCCACUGACCCAAAGAUGCCCUUACCAUAGUUGAUUGGACACCAAGCCUACAUUAAUGCCUUAACCUUUCUACUGUGCUUCAGACAGCUUGUCCAGCACCUGUAUUUUUUCCUACUGUACGAUUUAACAACGUGCCUGGUGCAAUUUAUACUCCUCUUUGGUACUGUAAAUUUUUGCCUUGACUUCUGAUGGGAUGAAAAUUUCUAACCUUUUUAUAGGUCAUAGAGUCAGCUUUCCCAUUCAUUUCACUCACUCCAUAGGAGCACUGUAUAUAUCUCUCAGGUUGUUUGUUGCUGUUCUGUCUGACUGCACGUGGGGGAAAAAAAAAUGUGUGCAAUGAAACUGUACAAGGAGAGGAAAAUCAGUGGUACCACAUGCUGAUGGCAUUUAUUGCUUAAAAUUAUUUGUGUUCUUGGGAAAUCUGGUCUGCAAUUUCUCAUGCCUGGAAAUAAAACUAAUCCUCUGCUUAACACAAAA